GUGCCCCGCUGGUCCCUGGGAAGGGUUCCGGCUGCGGUCAGUAGCUCGCCGGUCUCCGGGUCGCGUCUCUCCCUCAGUUCCGGAAGCCCGGCGGGUCCGGGGCUCCGGUCCGUGCCGGUGCGGGCGCCGGCAUGUGGCUGUGGGAGGAGCAGGGCGGCCUCCUGGGCCCCUUCACUUUCGUGCUGGUGCUGCUGCUGCUGGUGACGCGCAGCCCAGUCAACGCCUGCCUGCUCACCGGCAGCCUCUACGUCCUGCUGCGCCUCUUCAGCUUCGAGCCGCUGCCCAGCCGCCGGGCGCUGCAGGUGCUGCGGCCCCGCGACCGCGCCUCGGCCAUCGCCCACCGCGGUGGCAGCCACGACGCGCCCGAGAACACGCUGGCGGCCAUUCGGCUGGCAGCUAAGAAUGGAGCAACCGGUGUGGAAGUAGACGUCGAGUUUACUUCUGACGGGAUUCCUAUCUUAAUGCAUGAUAGUACAGUGGAUAGAACGACAGAUGGGACUGGACGACUGUGUGAUUUGACAUUUGAACAAAUUAGGAAACUUAACCCUGCAGCAAAUCACAGACUCAGGAAUGAUUUCCCUGAUGAAAAGAUCCCUACCCUGAGGGAAGCUGUUACAGAGUGCCUCAACCAUAACCUCACAAUCUUCUUUGAUAUCAAAGGCCAUGCAAAUCUGGCUGCUGAUGCUCUAAAGAAGCUGUAUAUGGAAUUUCCACAGCUAUAUAACACUAGUAUUGUCUGCUCAUUCUUGCCAGAAGUUAUCUAUAAGAUGAGGCAAACCGAUCAGAAUGUUGUAACAGCUUUAACGCACAGACCGUGGAGCCUGAGCCAUAUGGGUGACGGAAAGCCACGCUACGAUACUUUCUGGAAGCACUCCAUGUUUGUGAUGCUGGACAUUUUACUUGAUUGGAGCAUGCAUAAUAUAUUGUGGUACCUGUGUGGAAUUUCAGCUUUCCUCAUGCAGAAGGACUUUAUCUCCCCGUACUAUUUGAAGAAAUGGUCAGCUAAAGGAAUCCAGGUUGUCACCUGGACCGUCAAUACCUUUGAUGAAAAACAUUACUAUGAAUCCUACCUUGGAUGCAGCUACAUCACUGAUAGCAUGUUAGAAGACUGUGCACCUCACAUCUAGACUUAUCCCAGGGAGGAAAAGCAAGGGUUCAGAAACUGCCUGUUUUCAGACAUAUCAGAGCACCCCUGUGCUAGCCCAGGCCCUGGGGAUCAGGCAGCUUACAUAAGCAAUAGUCAGCCAUUGCAUUUUUAUCCUAACAAACUGAAACCUGGUGUUGCCGCCACACUCCAUGAAGGGUUCAGCUGUUGCUUUUGAAAAUCUGGGUCUGAAAAAGGCACAAAAGCCUCUUUCCCAACGUGGCUGAGGCAUGCACCGAGACUCAGAAAGGAUGAACACAGUGGGCAGGUGGCUUGGAGACACAGAUGUGAAUGCAUGGGACAUGCGUGUUGCUCUGAGUUGACACUUUAAGUCUUGCCACUCUUACGUACUUGACUCAUGUCAAAUAUUUGUAUUCAGCUCUUAAUGAUGUACUGUGGACGUCAAACGUGUGAGAAUACUAAUAAAAUCAUUAAAAGGUGCGUAAAGGGAAAA